AUGACCAAGAUCGCCAUGGGGAAAAUCGACGUCCACCACCAUAUGCUGCCGCCCGAGUACGUGCAAAAAUGGAAGGAGGCAUCUGGUAUCCCCAAAGGCCUCAAACUCCCAACCUGGGACGUGGAAAUAGAUCUGGACUUCAUGGACCGCAACAACAUUUCCGCCUCAAUCCUCUCCCUCAGCGCCCCCGGCCUCGCCUUCGUCAAACCAGCUUCAGAAGCCACAGCCCUAUGCCGCUGGGUCAACGAAUACGCCGCCAAUAUUGUGACUGCGCACCCCACGCGCUUCGGCUUUUUUGCCUCCGUGCCACCCCUUGACAACAUACUCGCCUGUCUUGAGGAAAUCCGCUACGCCCUCGACGUCCUCAAAGCAGACGGCGUAGCUCUACUAUCAAGCUACUCCGACAAAUACCUAGGACACUCAGAGUUUCGCCCCCUAUGGCAAGAGCUCAACGCCCGCAACGCCGUCAUAUUCAUCCAUCCGACCUUUGCUCAAACCUGGGGUGCACCCUCUGAUCCUAGUAUCCCCCGUCCCAUCAUUGAUUUCCCACACGAAACUACUCGUACAGCUGUUCACCUCAUCACAUCCAACACGAUCCGCGAUUUCCCCAAUGUCAAGAUCAUUCUGUCGCAUGGCGGCGGCACGCUACCGUAUGUGGCUACGCGAAUCGCGCAUCAGACGGCUGAUUUGGGGCUGAAAGAUAAGAGCGCAGAGGAAUUCAUCAGAGAGGCAAGGGGCUUCUACUUUGAUCUCGCAUUGACGGGGUUUGAGGGGCCGGUCAAGGCGCUGAGCGAGUUUGCGUACGAGGGGCAUGUGCUGUUUGGGAGUGAUUUUCCUUUUGCGAGGGAGGGGACUAUUGGGACGCAGAUUGAGAGGAUUACGGCUGUGGAUAUGAGUGAUAAGGCGAGGGAGUCUAUCGAUUGUUGGGCGGCGAAGAGGCUAUUUCCCAGAUUUGGGUAG